AUGCGCUUCUCAGUCUUCACCGUUCUCCUUGCCGGCGCUGCCGCUCAACGCUCCACGAAGCCUACGGCUGCCAAUGGAGUCUACACCAUUGACGGCGCGACCUACAAGAACAGGGCCUACUUCGACUUCAGUGCUCUGAAGGACAACACCUCAGUUCCCAAGGGUCUCAUUGUCAGUGGCUACAAGGUCGCCAACACUCACAAGUACGACACGACCAACACCUACAUCCAGGGUGGCUACCUCAACUUGAGAGUCAACGGCGGUCAGAAAGUGAAGCCCUACAAGUGCGCCGAAGUCGUCACCUCGGUCCAGAACAUCAAGUACGCUUCUGUCCGAACUGUUGGUGUCCUUGCUGAGGCCCCUGGAGUUUGCAAUGGAAUGUUCUUCUACAAGAACGACAACCAGGAGAGCGACAUUGAGUGGCUCUCCGACUCCGCAACCCAGAGCAACACCGGCCGCGGCUCUACCCGCAAGAUCUGGUUCGCCAACCAGGACAACGACGGCGAUGGCCAGAAGACCUGGACCGCAGUCGGAGCCCCGGCCAACCCCACCACCACCGAGCACGAGUACCGCAUCGACUGGGUCGCCGCUGCCGGUGGACAGCCCGCCAUGGUCAAGUUCUUCAUUGACGGUGUCGAGUCCUGGCGCACCAGCAAGGAUGUCCCCACCGUUGCCGGACCUUGGGUCUUCAACAACUGGGCCAACGGCGACAAGGGCUGGAGCUGUGGACCCCCUGCCGUCGACGCCAUCUUCAAGAUCAAGGAGAUCGACAUCUACUACAACACCGCCUAA